AAGUGGUAUUUGAGGUCUAGUCGGAAUCUGGUCACACCGUCUGUGUUUGUUCGCGCUGUCAUCAUCGCUGCCUUCGCUCCGCCGUACAAAACUAAAAGCAAAACCGUCUGUUUCUAGCACGCCAGCGUGUGUUUUCGCUCGCCGUCCGCCCGGAGUUGGCGGUAUUUCAUUGACAAGAGCGACCUAGCCGUUGAAAAGUGCCUGCGGGCCGUGCAACAAGUGGCUAUUACAAGCUUCUUACCGAGCGUUUUGAGAGUGCCUUACACCCACACCACUGUAAGCUGUGGAGCCUGUCUACCUGACCCGACGACCACUGUGUGUGUGUGUGUGUGUGCGUGUUACAACAAAAGCAAUAAAAACGAAAUAUUAACUGCUUUCGUCGCAGUUUCUGCGAGAGUGUGUGUGUUGGCUAAUUGCGCCGAAAAAAUGUUAAGCGAGCUAAUUAAUUAAUGCAUAAUUCAAUUACCGACAGCCUUGAGUGCAAGUGUGACGGCGACAGCAAUAGAUAUUGUUGUUGUUGUAUGUGCAGAUAAGUGUCUAAGAGAGAGAGGUGUCCAAGAGAUCUGAGAUCUGAUCGGAUUCGGAUUCGGGUACGGGUCUGAGUUGUCCCCAAGAAGAAAUCCCCAACGCGAGGAUCUGUAUCGCGUAUGUGUCACUAUAAAUAAUAAAUAAAUAUAGAUUAAAAGUGCACUUAAAUAAACAACGAAAACAGAUCGAGAGGGUGAUUAACUGAAAGAGAUAAGCAAGCCAACGUGACGUAUUUCGAGUGGUUUAAUAAUUGAGGAGAUAGCACAGUAGUGCACCCCCAAUAGGAGCAACAAUGGAGUCCAUGGAGUACGAGAUGGCACGCAACAUGACGCUGCUCUUCUUCCUGGAGAGGCUGCUGGACAAGGGCGAGCCGCGCACCGUCCACGAUCUCUCCUGCCAGUUCGGGAACAAGGAGUUCACCAAGGAGAUGCGCCAAAUAGCCGGUGGCAGUCAGUCGGGUCUGAAGAAAUUUCUCGCCCAAUACCCAUCAAUAUUUCUGGUCGACGGGGACUAUGUGCAGGUGAACGCCUACCAGCACACCAAUGCGGAGGAGGGCGGCGGCGGCGGCAAGCGGGACUACAUCCAAGAGGCUAAAGACUACUUCAAGAACAAGAUGCUGCAGUACGGAGCGGCGGCCGAGGUGCCCGUUCGCAGCCUGCUCGGCCAUCGGUCGCAGGCGUCGCCCCAAGUGCGUCACAUAUCAGGCCAACACAUUAAGGAGUUUACGGACUUUCUGAUGAAGCACACGGACACCUUCAAGGUGGUGGACGACUAUGUGAUGCUGGUGGGAUGCGAGAACAUGACGGAUCUGCCGGCGCGGGACAGACUCCAUCUGCCCCAGUCGAACAUCGAUACAAGGGGCACUCAGCAGAUGCUGGACUUCUUCGCCCAGUGCAUCGAGGUCAAGGGGCCGCUGCUGGUGGACCAGUUGUUCCAUCUGCUGACCACCAACUUUCCGCAGGAUCAGUGGCUGCGCAUGUUCAAGACGCCGUGUGAUUUGAGCUCCUUCCUGAAGCUCUUCUCCGACUGCUUCCACAUACAGGCCAAUCUAGUCACGCUGCUCCAGAAGCCGAAGCUCAGCGACGCCCACAUCCAGCAGGCCCAGGCCCAGACGCGAGAGCAGUUCUAUGCUCUCAACAACAACAAUAAUGGUAGCAAUGGGAGGAAGCAGGAUGGAGGGACUCCGGUCAGUGCCGUGCAACAGAGACUGCACUCCCCGGCUCUGCGGAGUAAUGGCCACGCGAACAACAAUAGCAAUGGAAAUGGAGGCGGAGGCGGCAAUGGCAUCAUCAACAACAAUAGCAUAGCUUCGCCGAACUUCAAGCUCAAUGCGCCCGUUUCGAAUGUGAUGGGUGGCCAGAACCAGGGCUAUGGCCAGCCCAAGUCGGAGCCGAACUCUGGCUUCGACAGCUAUGUGCCCAUGUCGGAGCUGAAGCUGGAGAAUUUGUGCGAGAACAACUAUCCCAGUGCGAGUAGUUGCUACGGGCCCAUAAAUAAUGCUUCAAUGCCACAGCAGCAGCAGACGCAGCAACAGCAACAGCAGCAGCAACAGCAAGUGCAGCAGCAAUCCCAGAACCCGUCGGAACAGAGGCUCAAUAGCAAUAACCAGACUCUUAAGCAGCGCAUCAACACUUUGGUGAUUCGGACGCUGGCCGAGAACCUGGAGAAGGACAAGCAAUCUCUGGCCAACCUGCAGGGCGGUGGGUCGGGCUCCCCGCAUGCCAGCCCCGUGCAUUCCAUUGCCAAUUCAUGCUCCAACCAAACCAACAACCAGAAUGCCAAUAGUAGCUCUGCCAACGCAGCUACCACCACCACCAAUUCGAAUUCCAGUAGUGCGAAUCAAAACAACGCCAACCUAAACAACUCACCUAGUCACAGCUACUUUGUAGGCGACACCUGGAAGAUUAAGGUGCUGCAGAACACCACGGUGAUAGCGAAUGUCAAGCAGUCGGUGUUCGUCACCGAUGCCAUACUAAAGUACGCGGCCAAAAAUGAAAAUAUUGUGGUCUCCCUAGACUGCGAGGGCAUCAACUUGGGCCUCAAGGGCGAGAUCACGUUGAUCGAAAUCGGAACCACUCGGGGCGAGGCGUUCCUCUUCGAUGUGCAAUCCUGCCCGGCCAUGAUAACGGACGGUGGCCUGAAGACCGUGCUGGAGCACGAGCAGGUGAUCAAGGUCAUUCACGACUGCCGCAACGAUGCGGCCAAUCUGUAUCUGCAGUUCGGCAUUCUGCUGCGCAACGUGUUCGACACACAGGCGGCCCAUGCCAUCCUGCAGUACCAGGAGAGUGGCAAGCAGGUCUACAAGGCCAAAUACAUUUCGCUCAACUCGCUGUGCGAGCAAUACAACGCCCCCUGUAACCCCAUUAAGGAUCAACUGAAGCAGAUCUAUCGCCGGGAUCAAAAGUUCUGGGCCAAGCGGCCACUUACCCGGGAAAUGAUGCUGUACGCGGCCGGGGAUGUCCUGGUUCUCAUUCACGAUCAACUCUUUGGCAAUCUGGCGCGGCAAAUCAAGCCGGAGAACAAGGUACUCUUCUCUGAGCUGUGCACCGAGCAGAUACUCAUGCAGAUCAAGCCCAACGAGGUGAAGAUCCGUAAGAAGCAGCGCAAGGUUAGCACCGAAGUAUCCGAUCUCAAGCAGAAGCUGGCCCAGACCAGCAAGAGUAUUGUGCUCUCGAACAGGGAGAUUCGUCUUCUGAGGUACAUGGACUUGACGGAGGACGAAAAGGAGCGCCUCAAGGGCUACUACAAGGUGGCCAAAAAGCUGGAGAAAAUGGAGUCAGCUGGCAAUCCCAGCAAAGACCAAAGUGAUUCGGAGGACGAGCAGGAAGGCAAUGAAAAUGACAUGUUCCCAAGCUUGGACUCGGUGCCAUCGGACAACUCGCUAUCGGGCACCUUUUCGCCACGCUUUAGCUCGGAGCCACCCAGUCUGACGGAGUCCAUGCAAAUGCUGGAGGAGAUUCUCCAGAACAAGUCAAUGGAUCGUAUUGCGCGCAUCGACAAACUGGAGGCCAUUCUGACGACAGCCACUUCGCUGCCAUGUGAACAAAUUAUAGCUACAAAUUCUAUGCAAGAGCAAUUGGGGUCUAGUAUUGCAACCACCGAGAAUCUGCAAAUUAUACGUGAGAAAUCAAGAAACAUUAAGAACUGCAAUUGCCAGGGCGAGCGCAGCGUGACGCCCAUCCUGCGAACGACUGACAAGCGGGUAGUGAAGCUAAUAGACGCUGAAACGCAAACUCUGAGCACCGGAGACGUAGUCAUCACGAAGAUCUUCUUCCAGGACGAGCACGACCGGGCCAAAGAGGCCGCCAUGCUAAGCAAUUCCCCCACCAAGAGGGCGACUCCCACAUAAAUAUUUCAAACCCUUCGAACAAUGAUUCCUAAUCAGCAAAGCGCAGACAUAUGUAUUACUAUUAUUUUGUUUUUAUAACUAUCGAGUGGCCCGGGCCAGAUUUGUGGUGGGAUUCCACUCUCAACACUCCAUUAUAUAUGCAAUAACCUUCCUAUCCAAUUGAGAAGCAAUAUUUUUGUGCCUAGAUGUUGAACAUUGCAUAACCAAUAAUAUAUGAUUUACCAAUUGUUAACUACUCGCCUCCAGCUCAGAUAUAUGUAUUAUCUAAUCGAAUCCCGACUCUCGACAAGAGAAUCUGUGUUGUAUUCAGAGAGAUGAUGAUCAGUAUGUGAGCUGCGCCAAACAAUCAUCAAUUUGUAGAAUAUUUUAAAUUAUAAUCUGCGUUGGACCAAUUGUAUUAAAUCCAAAUAAAAUGAUUAAAAAACA